AGACAACCAAUAGGCAUAUGUGACGUUGGGAAGCAUGGUAAUGCAGUGGUAGUGAUCUUUGACUGUUCCUUGCCCAUUUUAGUCGCGUGAGCGCGCCCUUGUAUGACUGCUGUGCAGCUCUGGGUGAGGGGAAGUAAAAUAUCAUAUCAUGAUGAAGAGAGGGUUUGAGAAAAGUAGCAUUUCAUGGCCUGUAUUCAAACCAUUGGUGGUGAUUGAGCUGGCUAAGGAUGCUAAAGAAGAAGCAAAAGAAUGGCUGGUGAAAAAGAUUAAUGACAAGAAGAAAGAUGGAGGUGCACAGCUUUUGAUUAAGCCAAUCGCUGACUCUGAAGAAAAUGAGCAAAACAUUUAUGUUGUUGGUGCCUCGACAAAGCGUUUGCUUUUAGGGGCUGAGGCGCUUGGGAUGGUGAAGGAAUGUAAAGAUGACACCAUGAGAACCUUUUCAUACAACCGGCGAAGCGAUUAUAAAAACUUUUCACAUGAAGGGGAUGACUUUCUAACCAUGGCAGAAUGUCAGUAUAUCAUUAAACAUGAGCUGGAUGGGCUACGUGCCCAAGAAGAGAAACAUAUUCCCGGUUACCCAAAUGCAAAGCUUUACCCUGGGAAAUCAUUAUUUCGAAGACUGCAAACAAGUGGUGUUGUGAUCCAGGUAUUUCCGCUACAUGAUAAAGAAGAAUUAAAAAAACUCAGUUUCCACUGGUACCGCCAAAUCAAGUUCGCCUUUCAACCCAUAGAUGAAAUCCGUUGUUAUUUUGGGGACCCCAUAGGACUGUAUUUCGGAUUCCUAGAAUUUUUUACCUUGGCCUUAAUCCCAAUGGCAAUCAUUGGUAUACCUUACUAUAUGUGCGCUUGGGAAGACUAUGACAAAUAUGUAAUUUUUGCCACUUUUAAUUUGAUAUGGUCAACAAUCAUCUUUGAGAUUUGGAAACGCCGUUGCUCCAGGAUAUCAUACAAAUGGGGGUCAUUGUUGAUGAAGAGAGAGUUUGAGGAGCCCAGACCAGGGUUCCACGGUGAACUUGGCAUCAAUCCAGUCACAGGCCGGAAAGAGCCCACGUAUUCCAGUUUCAAAAGACAGCUGCGUAUAUACUUAGUUUCUGUGCCAUUUGUGUGUUUUAGUCUAUACCUUUCCAUUUAUGUGAUGAUGAUUUACUUUGAGUUGGAGAAUUGGGCCUUGGAGUACAACAAUGAGGAGCAAUCUCAGCUAAGCAGUUUAAUGCUGUUCGUGCCCAGUAUCAUCUAUGCUGUUGUGAUUGAAAUCAUGAAUCGGAUAUACAGAUAUGCUGCGGAAUUCUUGACAUCAUGGGAAAAUCACAGGUUAGAAUCUUCAUAUCAAAAUCAUUUGGUGUUGAAAGUAUUGGUGUUCAACAUAGUGAACUGUUUUGCGUCCCUCUUCUACAUUGCAUUUAUCAUGUGCGAUCUGAAAUUAUUGCGCCAGAGUUUGGCCACUUUGCUCAUAACUUCUCAGAUCCUUAAUCAGUUUGCUGAAACCGUACUCCCUUACUGGUUGCAAAAGAGACACAAAAAGAAAGUAAGCAAGCGAGUAAAAUCACUGAAUGCAGACUCGGAUUCUUCAUUAAUUGAGCAAAUUUACUUGGAGAUAGAAAUGGACACAUAUGUGAAUACAUUUGACGAUUACCUGGAGUUGUUUCUACAGUUUGGCUAUGUGAGCCUGUUCUCGUGUGUCUAUCCUCUGGCAGCCAUAUUUGCAGUGCUUAACAAUGUCACAGAAAUGUACACAGACGCAUUAAAGAUAUGCCGUGUUUUUAAACGUCCGUUUGCAGAGCCUGCAGCUAAUAUUGGAGUAUGGCAGCUGGCGUUUGAAGUCAUGGGUGUUAUAGCAGUGAUUACAAACUGUACUUUGUUGGGGAUGUCUCCACAAGUCACCUCACUUUUUGAAAGCUCUAAAAUGGACCUUAUUUUGAUUGUGGCUUUAAUUGAGCAUAUUCUGCUAGGAUUAAAGUUUAUUCUGGCGCUUGUGAUCUCCGACCAACCUUACGACAUCCGGGUGAAAUUAGCCAGGCUGGAAUUCGAGUCAAUGGAAGCCCUGAAAGAAAAACAGCAAAUGAAGCUUUCUUCAGAUUCGGUUACAGAGGAAGAUGAUGCCAUUAUUAGUCCCUGAGGAAAACAAAUGCUCUGAUGGAAUGCUACUCCACUUGAUCUUAAAGACUGUUUACAACCCUCCCUAAACCAAAGUACCACUGUUCUUCUCAGGAUGAAAUUUGUUUAAAAAACACUGCUUUCUUGUCUGUUACUUUGCCUGUCAGUACAAUGCAAACAUCGCUUUCACCAAAUACUUUAAGAAAGUUUGGUCUACAUAUUACAAGUAAAAUGGCAUCACAUGCUCUUCGCAGUUUUAUGCAUGCCGUGACGGUCGUUAUGUCAUAAAUCAAGUUUGUCAAAAAUGUCUGCUGCAGACUAAGGGGCCGAUUGAUCACGGUCCGAAUUGGGCCGUAUACCCCUGUUUCUGCGUGAGCCUUCAGGCUCACCGGAAACAGGAGUUAAGAAGCAGCGGUCUUAAAACCGCUGCUCCUUAACUCGUCCGCUGCCUCUGAGGCUGCAGACAUCAAUCCGCCCAAUCUCAUACGGUCGGGUUGAUUGACACCCCCUACUAGCGGCCGUUUUGCCGUGAAUCUGCAGGGGGCGGCAUUGCACAAGUAGUUCACCAGAAUCGCUUGUGCAGUGUUAAACAUUCAGCGAUGUCGGCCGGACAUGAUCGCUAAAGCGGCUCAUGUCCGUCCGACAGUUAGUAAAUCCCCUAAACCUCAACCCUUAAUUCAAGGGAGAUAAAAGCUGCAUUUGAAAGGCAUAGCAGUUCAUUCAAAUUUCAAUUCAAAGUUUUUUUGCAAAAUACUUAUGUUUGCCAACAUGCUUCUGGAACCAGUUACUGCUGCACUUGAGCAGUACAAAUAAGGCUGUAGGCCUUGCCGUUGUCUCCUGAGUAGGCUACACCAUUGAAGUUGUGUGUUUUGUGUAUGCUAAAAAUUAUAAUUCUAUCAAAGGCUUUUAACAAAUGCCUUUUUGCAAACACAAAUUUACAUUACAAACAUGUUUCUAAUUGCAUCUGAAAUUCACUGAAAUUCAUUUCAAAUAAGUUUUUAUAUCCCAGUCUGUUUGAAAUUAGUAGUAAGUGACACUACAGUUUGCAUUGUAAUGUAAGAUAUGGUGGCUGUUUUUGACAUUCAAAACAAGACUUGUUAUUCAGUAUUUAUUAAUGAUGUAUUAUCUAAAUUUAGCAUUUAAAAGUGAAAUGGAUUUUAUACAGAUUUAUAUGCAUGCACAUGAAAUGCUUGUUAGUAUUGCAUGUCAUUAAAUAACUAAAACAUGGAGCUGAUAUAGGUACUAAUUGCAUUAUUACAACAGUUUGUGAGGUAAGAUUGCUUCUUUACUCAGUAAUUAAUGACAGUAAAUAAUGACCAGCUUUAUGAGAUAUGUUUUUACCUAGAAACUAGUGAAAUAAAGUAACAAGCCAACGUCACAUGCCCAGUCCAUUUGAAAGCCAAUGUCAGGAUAUUAGGGAACACUGCAAACAUCUGCUUGAAGUCAGUUACUAGCAUAUAUUCAGGUAACAAGCCUCAGUAAAGGGAAAAGCUCCUCUUGCUGAGCCAUAGCCAAAGUUUAAUACAAGUUACAGCAGCCUCCGACCUCAGCUCCUCAUAUGUAUUCUACAAAGGCUCAUGCUGAUGUCAUGCAAGAACUCUCAGGCCGUUUCUACACCAGUAUCUAAGUUUUCAGGCCACAGAGCCAGGUCAGACAGUUGCAGAUUUAAAGGGACAUUAAACACAAAUUCAGAUAGAGAAUACCAUUUUAAACAACUUUCUUAUUUACUUCUAUUAUCUAAUUUGCUUAAUUGUCUUGAUAUUUUUUCCUGAAAAGCAUAUCUAGAUAGGCUUAUUAGCUUCUGAUUGGUGGCUGCACAUAAUUGCCUCAUGUGAUUGGCUCACCCAUGUGCAUAGCUAUUUUUUAACAAAGGAUAUAUAAAGAAUGAAGCAAAUUAAAUAAUAGAAGUAAAUUGGAAUGUUGUUUAAAAUUGUAUUCUCUACCUGAAUCAUGAAAGAAAUGUUUUGGGUUUAAUGUCCCUAUAAGGACUAUUGGCUUGAAAAAAUGUGUAGUUAUAGUCUGACAAAAAAAUAAAUAACAUAUAAUCAUCAUUUAACAAAAAAAGAGAGGAAUAAUAACAAGGAAGACAAUGAAACCUGGGGACAAUAUGUAUGAAAACAUUUUAUGUUGACAGAUGGGUCUAUCACAAUCUUUUAGAAAACCAUAUCAAAUGAUUCCUCUACAAGGACCCCCAUAGACUUUAAUGGUGAUAAUAAACUAUGCUUAUUUCAUAUGUAACUCACAAUAAAAAGUGUUUACCUAUCUUUCAUUUUCUUCUUUAUUAUGAACUUUCAUGGGCAGGAAAGAAUGUGAUAUCAGUGGAGGGGUUAUAUGACGCAAUUACCUGGUUCACACUCCAUCUUAUGGGGCCGAUUUAUGAAAGUGCAAACUGACAUGAUCCGCUGUAGCGAUCAUGUCCGCCGCACAUCUUACCCUGUCGGCAUUUAUCAUUGCACAAGCAUUUCACUAGAAGUGCUUGUGCAAUGCCACCCCUGCACAUUCGUGGUCAAUCAACCCAAUCGUAUGCGAUCGGGCGGAUUGCUGUGCGCCGCGUCAGAGCAGGCGGACGAGUUAAGGAGCAGUGGUCUUAAAGGGACACUGAACCCAAAUUUUUUCUUUUGUGAUUCAGAUAGAGCAUGAAAUUGUAAGCAACUUUCUAAUUUACUCCUAUUAUCAAAUUUUCUUCAUUCUUUUGGUAUCUUUAUUUGAAAUGGAAGAAUGUAAGUUUAGAUGCCGGCCCAUUUUUAAUGAACAACGUGGGUUGUUCUAGCUGAUUGGUGGAUAAAUUCAUCCACCAAUAAAAAAGUGCUGUCCAGAGUCUGAACCAAUAAAAAAGCUUAGAUGCCUUCUUUUUAAAAUAAAGAUAGCAAGAGAACAAAGGACAAUUGAUAAUAGGAGUAAAUUGGAAAGUUGCUUAAAAUUGCAUGCUCUAUCUGAAUCAUGAAAGAAAAAAAUUGGGUUCAGUGUCCCUUUAAGACAGCUGCUUCUUAACUCCUGUUUCCAGGGAGCCUGAAGGCUCGUGUGCAAACAAGUGUAUACGGCCCCAUUCGAGCCAUGAUAAAUCGGCCCCUAUGUCUCUGUAUCUGCUGUAUGUUUGGCAGAUUAUAGUUUAUUUUUAAACAUUGCACUUAUUCCCUUAUUGACUAUAUGAACUUAGUGUUGGUGCACUGAAUUUAUUUGUAUGUAUGGUCACAACAUGUUUAAUACUGAGCUUGUGGGAAAUGCAUUGUAUGAAUAGGAGAAGCCAAAGGACUGAGUUCUACCUCUACAAGUAGACAGGUGAUUAAUAUCCUAUUAGUAAGGGCUUUUAUAUGUGUGACAUUGAGUAAUUGUUUCAAUUUGUCUUUAAUUCUGUAGUGUACAGAGUUUUGCAUUAAUGACUAAAUAUUUGUUGAUUGUGCUUAGUACUCACAGAAUCAAAACUUAUCCCAUAAAUAAGUCCAUCCACACCCUGCUGUCCAGUACUAAAAAUAUAUGUUAAGCUCAGCUGUGCUGUGAAAAGUGAUAUUAUAUCACACUAAAUAAGUGAAAAUAUCCACUAAAAACAUAAGCCCUGCUACAAAGUCCUAAAGAAGUUGUGUAUUCAUUGUAUCAAUAAAAAUACAAAAAUAAACAGAUACUGAAUAGAAAUAAUUAUGUUACAAUUGUUCCAUAUAGUUUCUUUAGAAUUCUUUCCAUGUUAUUACUAUGUUGAUAAAAAAUCUGUUUAUUUCUCGGAAUAACAGUAGCUGAAAAUGUAUUUACCCAUACUAUUUAAUACUUGCAAGAAAGUAAUGUAAAAUCUUGAGAGGUUGUGCCUGGUAAAGACAUUGUACUUUUUUCUUGCCAGUUUGACAAUAUUAAAUGAGAGCAAGUAAACCCUGA